AUGUCAGGACUUGAAAUAGCAGCAGCAGCAAUACUUGGGAGCCAGUUGUUGGAAGCUAAAUACUUGAUCAAGGAUGACGUCAAAUUGGCGGGAAAAGUUGUUGCCAAUGCCUUACCGUACUUGUGGAAAUCACUGAGAGGUAAAGCUUCCUACUGGUACUACUUUGAAGAUGCUGCACGAAAAUACAAAGAUAACAAAGCCUUGGCGUUCCCCAGACCUAAAAAGAAUCCUCCUCCUGUCAAGACCGAUGCUGAAGGAUUCAAAAUUCUCGAUGAUCAAUUUGAAGUUGAAGAAUACACGUAUAAAGAGUUGUACAAUAUGGUUUUGAGAUUUUCUCACAUAUUGAAGAAUGAGUAUGGCGUCACGCCAAACCAAACUAUUGGAGUGGAUUGUAUGAAUAAACCAUUGUUUAUUGUCUUGUGGUUGGCAUUGUGGAACAUUGGUGCUUUGCCGGCAUUUUUAAACUUCAACACCAAGGAUAAGCCUUUGGUUCAUUGUCUCAAGAUUGCUGAUGUUAGUCAAGUAUUCAUUGAUCCUGAUUGUGCUGGCCCAAUUAGAGACACUGAACAGUUGAUACACGAAGAGUUACCAAAUGUCAAGUUGCACUACCUUGAUGAAUUUGCGUUGUUUGACAGGUUGCAAUCGAAGUCGACACCAAAGUAUAGAGCUAAAGAUGAGACUAGAAGACCCGAGGAUACCGAUUCCAGUGCUUGUGCAUUGAUUUAUACUUCUGGUACAACCGGUUUACCAAAAGCUGGUAUUAUGUCUUGGAGGAAAGCUUUCAUGGCUUCUGUGUUUUUUGGAUACAUCAUGCAAGUUGGCAGCGAUUCGAAUGUUUUAACGGCUAUGCCAUUAUAUCACUCAACUGCCGCCAUGUUGGGACUUUGUCCCACUUUGUUGAAUGGUGGGUGUGUUUCCAUAGCACAAAAGUUUUCUGCAACCUCCUUCUGGACUCAAGCUAGAUUAGUUGGAGCCACUCAUGUUCAAUAUGUGGGAGAAGUUUGUCGUUAUUUGUUGAAUUCUCCACCUCAUCCAGACCAGCAAAGACACAAUGUGACCAUUGCUUAUGGAAAUGGGUUAAGACGUGAUAUCUGGACUGAGUUCAAAAACAGAUUCCACAUUAAAGGUGUUGGAGAGUUUUAUGCUGCCACUGAGUCACCUAUUGCUACUACAAACAUCCAAUUUGGAGAAUAUGGAAAGGGAGCAUGUAGAAAGUAUGGUUCUUUGAUUACGUUGUUGCUCAACACACAACAAAAAUUGGUCAAGAUGGACCCAGAAGAUGAAAAUGAAAUGUGGAAGAACCCAAAGACCGGAUUUCAUGAAGAGGCAAACUACAAUCAACCUGGCGAGUUGUUGAUGAGAAUUAUGAACCCACAAGAUGUGAGUAAAUCGUUCCAAGGUUAUUAUGGAAACAAAAAGGCUACUAGUGGGAAGAUCAUGUUUGAUGUUUUCAAAAAAGGUGAUGCUUGGUACAGAUCUGGCGAUUUGUUGAAAAUGGAUGAGGAUGGAUUAUUCUACUUUGUUGAUAGGUUGGGUGACACUUUCCGCUGGAAAUCGGAAAACGUUUCUGCUUCCGAGGUUGAGAAUGAGUUGAUGGGCUCGGGUGCUAUCAAACAAUCUGUCGUUGUUGGUGUACAAGUUCCAAAUCACGAAGGUAGAGCUUGCUUUGCCGUUAUUGAACCCAAGGAUGAAUUGGACCAUGCACAAGUAUUGAAGCUGAUUUACGACCACUCGAAAAAGGCAUUGCCUAGUUAUGCCCAACCGGCUUUCAUCAAGCUCGGAUCUAUUGAAGCUUCACAUAACCAUAAAGUCCCCAAGAAUCAAUACAAGAAGCAGAAAUUGCCAAAGGGAGAUAAUGGUGAUGAACUUAUCUAUUGGUUGAAUGGAAACAAGUACACCGAAUUGACAGAAGCUGAUUGGGCUACAAUCUGUGCUGGCAAGGCCAAGUUAUAG